GGGGAGCUCCUCGUAAAAACUACGGACCGCACCGCGAGACAUGUGGCCGAGAAUUUGUGAAAUCUUUGCUCGGUUUUUAGCCUCAAACAACAAGUACCACAAUUCAACGAGUAGCUUAGCGAUCUGUUAGCAUUUGCUUGGAGGAAAAAAAAUAAAGUUUGCACGAAGAAAGCGUUUCGGCGCAUCCAAAAAAAGGCACGGGGGCACUUUAAAGUAGCGGUGAUUGUGACAGCCCGGGGCUGGACAUGACUGGAGCUGAAAGCGAUGGCCAGGGGUCAUCCCCUGAUGGGAGCGACGCAGAGGAGGCUGAGCGAUGUCCUAUCUGCUUGGGGGUGCCGGCCAGGGGAGAGCUUGCCAUGCCGGACAGCUGCUGUCAUGUCUUCUGCCUGGGAUGCCUACUUACUUGGGCAGAGUUGCAGAUGGUCCCUUCUUGUCCAGUGGACAGACGGCCGUUCAGAAACGUUUACAGAUGGGAUGGAAGCCUGCGAUGUGUGCAGGUUCCAGUGAGUCGCCAAGUGGCUGAACCUGAAGCUGAGAGUUGCGUCUGUAGAAGUCCUGGGCAAAGAGCGUGUCUCAAAAGCAAACUCAGAAAGAGGUCUAGGCAGCAAAGGGCAGAGAAGAUGGCCGAUUCGAAAACGAAAGGACUUGUACGGAAAUGCAAUGAUGAUGACCCAUCUUCAGUAAGCCGGAAAAAGGUGAGAGGAUCGGAGUGCUGUGCUUGGCCAUCGUCUACAUUUCUUUCAUUAGCAACACAGGACAUAACAGAGCCUGUGCUGGUGACGGAAGAAAUAUCGUAUGAAGCAGAGCAGUGCAAACGCCAGGUACAAGAGUGCCCGUGGUUCUCUCCUGCUGCUCCCAUUUGCGCGAUUGGAACCUCAAGGUUCCUCUCUGCUAAUAGCAACCACGGUCCAUUUACAUUUGAACUCUGUUCAUCUCCUAUUACCUCCGCUUCAUCAUUUGGGCCUGGUCAUUUUGCUUUCCAAGGUGUUGUCUGCGCCAUUACCUGUCCUAAAGGAGGAGACAAGCGAGGCGGAAGAGCCUCAAACUCCAAAGCGCCCACCAAAAAAGACGAAUCCCUCCCGUCCAGACGAUCAGGACGUAACAGUAAAGACCAGGAGGAGUCUUCCGUGUCCCACCCGUCAUCACCGCCACAGCCCAGUGUGUCCGACUCAGACUCCUCCGCCAGCCAGGCCUCCAAGGCGGGCUUGGCAUCUCAGGUGGCAGCCAAACGGAAGGGCAAACAGGUAACAAACCGAAAGGCCAGCGGCAAGAGGAAAAACACGAGAAAAAAGCCGUCGUCCGAACCUGUUGAGAACCAGCCUGCGAGCGAGGACGACGAGGGUGACGCUGGCGACGGCACCGACAGGGGAGAGGCGGAAGACGAAGCGAAGCCUGAGAUGAACAACUCAGAUCAGCCUUCCGAUGCAGAAGGAAGUCUUAACGCGGACCACUUGAACAGUGAUUCACUUGAUGGGCAACAAGCUGCCGAAUCUUUAAGCAGUAAUAUGGAGCACGACACUAACGAUGCACUCGAUAAAGACUGUCAUGAGCAACCAGAACCGGAUGAGAACAACAGCCACUUGUCCAUAUCUUUGGACUCCCCUCCAAAAAGCCCCGAGUCGGAGUGCUCUGGCAAACUGAGCACACAAGGAGAGGAACCGACUGUCAUGUCAAUUUCCACCGGAGACGAGGAGAAAAUAACCGCAUCGCCGCCAUCCGAACCGGAGAGCACUCUGGAUAACCUAAUGUCUCCCGAUUUCGACAACGUGAUUGAACAGGACUGUAAAACGGAGGUCGGCGAAGAAAGGUUGGAUCAAAGCAAUGAUGAGGAGGCAUCGCGGGAUCUGCAGAGACAAUCACAUGAAAGCCCCAAGCCGGCUUCUCCAUGUGCUGAACCUUCCGAAGCCAAGGUCGCUGAACAAGAAGCAAAAGCAUUUGAGGGUUCUGAAACGCCCGAAAGAGAAACGCCUUUAGUAGUUCCGAAUUUGGGAGAAGUCGUCACAAAUGACGAUCUUUCCAAAGAUGAUACGAAUGUCAUUCCGAUGGACUGCAGUUCACCCAUGAGCGAGGCCGUUAGCGCGACCGUUUUGGAGGAAGCGAAAGAGCCCGCCGCCGCGGAGACUUCAGUCUCUGUUCCCGACGAGAGGUCCAAAGACCAAGCGGAGAGAGACCCGAGCCACGGGAGGAAGAACGGCAGACAACGACGCUCUCGCUUCCACUCCCCGACCUCCGCCUGGUCGCCCAAGAGGGACUCCAGACGAGAGUCGUACGGGCGCUCCCGCUCGCAUUCGAGAGAGCGGACCGGCGGCACCCCCUCCGGCCACUCUUCCCGCCCCCGCAGCAGAGAAAGAGAGCGCGAGCGAGACAAGGACAGGGACUACUUCAGGAGGGAGCGUAGCCGUGAGAGGAGGAGAAGAAGAUCCAGGAGUCGUUCGAGAUCCAAGUCGCGGUCUCCAUCCAGAACGAGAUCACACAGACGAGGAUACAGCCCCGAGCGGCCGGCGUCCAGAGAUCGGUCCCCCCGGGGGAAAGAGCGAAGGGGCGGCUGGAGGGCGGGGAACGGCCGCGAUGGACGGCGCUCUCACGGCAACGCCGCUCGCUUUGAGAACGGCGUCCCUUCGGAAACGUCGCCGGAACGCCAAGGCUGGUCGGAGAAUCCCGACUGGGUGACAGAAAAAACUCGCGGCGAAGUCGAGGGCAGGAACUGGGAUUUUGGGGGCGGCUCUCGCUGGGAAGAUCGCGGGCCGAGGGGACGCGUCGGCUUCGAGCAAGGCCGCGGCGCCGGCCGGGGAGGUGGUAACCGCGGCUUCCACAGCCAACUACAGGAGGACGACAACCGGAGGCAGCCUCGGAGCAACUCAGGAAUGGGCAACAAUUCAGGGAACGACGCCUACAGUCGCUUUAACGAGAAUCGCGGGGGCGGCCGCAGAAAACCGGAGUCAGACCCGGGCGACUCGAUGCUGGACCGCUCGGGCUGGUCAUCGGCGUCCAGCUGGGCGGUGCGGCGGACACUUCCCGCUGAUGUUCAGGAUUAUUAUUCCAAGAGGGAAAGAGGGGGAGCGGGAAGCUGGACUCGACCUGAAGAGGAGCAGCCUGCAGCAGAUCCGGCGAAGAGUGAACCUGCACCAACUGCGCCGGGCAACGCUCCACCGGCACCCGUGCUGACCGCCAUGCCUCCGCCGCCGCCUCCGCAGCUGAAUGUCCUUCAUCAUCACUUCCCCCUGCAGGGCCCCCGCGGCCCCGUGCCGGUCAAUUUGCAGCCCUCAGCACCGUACGCCGUGACCCCUCCCAUCCCCGUGCACCUCCACCCCGCCGUGCCGCUGCUGCAGGUGCCCGCCGUCGGCACCCAGGGGCUGCCCCCGCCUCCGCCGCCGCCCCCUCCCAUGCAGCAAGGGGGCCAGACGACAGCAGCUCAGCCCGAUGGGCAAAUCACGCAGAUGGUGAACACGAUGGGCGCUUACGGCAAAGCGGGCCUGCUUUCCACUCCAACCAAAGUCGGCCAGCAAGCCGCCAACCAGGUGCUGCCGUCAUCGACAACGCAGCCAGCUCAGCAUCACAAGGCUCAAGCCGACAGCUCCAAAAAAGAAAAGAAGCAACAGAUCCAAGAGAAAGCUAUAAAUGAAGUGAAGACGGCGAUCAAACCUUACUACCAAAAGAAGGAAAUCACAAAGGACGAGUACAAGGAGAUCGUCCGCAAAGCAGUCGAGAAGGUGUGUCACAGCAAGAGCGGCGAGGUCAACUCAAGUAAGGUGGCCAACCUGGUGAAGGCCUACGUCGACAAAUACAAGCACGCGCGCAAAAAGUGAAUCGGCACCUCGCCGACCCUUUUGCGUGCAGCUCAAGUGCAAUUUCCCGGAGCUGCAAUUUCAUCUCCAAACUCGACGAUGACAAGAGAGCCAUCAUUUGUUUUUGUUUUUUUUUUUUGAUAUCUCUACCUUUUAUUGAACUAUAUAGAUUUUGUUUCUAUAGAUUUUCAUAUUUUGUUAGGAAAAAAAAAAAGACCCAAUCAGAAGUUGUAAUGCAAGAGCCCUUUAUUUUGCAUAGAUUCCGACCUGCAGAUCUACUGUAAGGGGAGCGCGGGGGUGUUGCAUUCAGUGGGUUGGGCGGGAGGGAGAUUUGAUACAAAGAAAAAAAAACUGCAAUGUCAUGUCUACUAGUAUGGAUAGAGUCUUCUGGCUGGUACAAUGAAAUUCCUCUUUAUGGAAUCGUGAUUACACAGUCUAUUAAAAUAUGUUCUUUAAAAAAAAAAAAAAAAAUCUAUAAUAUUUCAGAUGAAAGACUAGUCCUGACAUCAUCGGAUAACCAGUCAGCGAUUAGUCUGGAAUAUAAAAUGUUGUGGGAGGGGACGAAUCAGGUUAAAUGAACCCCGCCUGAAAGUUUAAUGAUUGUCCAAUGCAUUAAGAUGAACUGUGCAACGUAUCCAGGGAGUAGUGAAAUAAAGUAGCUGCUUCCUGA